CUCUCUCUCCUCACCCGUUAGUUCCCAUUUUUACCACACACAGUCUCUCUCUACUCUAAACGGGUACCUGUAGAACAUCGACAAUGGCCGUCGUCGUCAGGUCCUCCGCCGCGGCGAUGUCUCUCAUCGCCGUUUUCGUUCUCUCGGUUUCUUCCGCCCCUGUCUUCGCAGCGUCGCACCAGCACGCCGCUCCUGCGCCGGCGGUCGACUGCUCGACGCUGAUACUGAACAUGGCGGAUUGUCUGACGUUCGUCUCGAGCGGAAGCUCGGUGGCGAAGCCGGAGGAUUCGUGCUGCUCCGGUCUGAAGACGGUGCUUAGGACCGACGCCGAGUGUCUCUGCGAGGGCUUCAAGAGCAGCGCCUCGCUCGGUGUCACCUUGAACGUCACUAAGACUCUUACUCUUCCCGCCGCGUGCAAGCUUUUACACGCUCCUUCCAUUGCUAGCUGCGGAUUGUCUACUCCUCCAGCUGCUGCGCCAGGUCUCGCCCCAGGUGCUGCCGCUGGGCCAGAAUCAGCUGGAUCCAAUGGGUUAGCACCGGCACCGGCUCGAGGGAACUAUGCUUCGGCCUUGGUCCCGGUCUGGGUGGCAUCAGUAGUCGGUGGUGUAUUGGUUCUGCUGUUCUCUCCUCUCUAAACCAAGUCUUUACCUUUAGACCGGUGUAUUCUCUCUUAUGGUAAGAGUUAGAGAAAUUCUUUUAAGAGUUGUGUAACUUUUUUCCAUUUUAAUCUAAUGUUUAUGUAAAACUCGGUUUUCUAUUUAGUGCUUAUGUUAAACUCGGUUCCAGUGUGUUCGUAUAACUCGUUAGUAUUUGAUCAUUU